AUGGAGAAGCACGGGCCAGCCACCGGGACUCUGCUAUCCAGAGUCCUGCUGAGCCUGUUGGUAGCCCUGGUGGUUCGAGGGGCCGCCGCACCCAAUGGCACACGGCCGGCCGGACUGGGGCGCGGCUGGAACGGCCUGGUGGCUCGCUCGCUGGUGCGCCUACCGGUGGCCGCGCAGCCCCCGCAGGCUGCGGUCCGCAGCGGCGCAGGGGACUACCUGCUGGGCCUCAAAAGACUGCGGCGACUCUACUGCAACGUGGGCAUCGGAUUCCACCUGCAGGUGCUGCCCGACGGUCGCAUCGGUGGCGUACACGCGGACACCAGCGACAGCCUUCUGGAGCUCUCCCCGGUGCAGCGGGGCGUGGUGAGCAUCUUCGGGGUGGCUAGCCGGUUCUUCGUGGCCAUGAGCAGCAGGGGCAAGCUCUUCGGUGUGCCUUUCUUUACCGAAGAGUGCAAAUUCAAAGAGAUUCUUCUGCCCAACAACUACAACGCCUACGAAUCCUACGCGUACCCCGGCAUGUUCAUGGCCCUUAGUAAGAAUGGGCGGACCAAGAAGGGGAAUCGAGUGUCUCCUACCAUGAAGGUAACACACUUCCUCCCUAGACUGUGA